AUUUCCAGUUUAGGGUAUCAUGGCGCAGGGAGGCCGACACGAUUCACCGCAUCAAACAGCUCGAUUUAUACGGUGUUAACUCGUUAUUCUCUUUACAAUUAUUAACAUCAGGAGAAGACAGAUAGCGACAAAAACAAUUCUGACCACAACCACCGGAUACUGAGACACCCAGAGAGAGGAGAAAAGAUGGAGAAGCCAGUCUUGCAGACACAACCGUCCACCCUGUCCUUUUUCGACACGGCCCAUGCCUUCAACCUGCUUCGGGGAAUCCAUGAACUCCGUGCUGAACGAAAGUUUUUCGAUGUGACUUUGUGUGCUGAGGGCCGUGAGUUCCACUGCCACCGCACAGUGCUGGCCGCUGCCAGCACCUACUUUCGAGCUAUGUUCGCGGGAACUUUAAAAGAGAGCGUAAUGGACCGUGUAGUUCUGCAUGAGGUGUCAGCUGAGCUUUUAGGCCUGCUGGUGGAGUUCUGCUACACGGGACGGGUCACCAUCACGCAGGAUAAUGUGGACGUCCUGCUCAAGACGGCAGAUCUGUUUCAGUUCCCCUCCGUCAAGGAGGCCUGCUGUGCUUUUCUUGGGCAGCGGCUGGACGUCAACAACUGCUUGGAGAUCCAGGACUUUGCAGAGGCCUACGCUUGCCGAGAGCUGGCGACAAGCGCUCGCCGCUUUGUCCUCAAAAACAUAAUGGAGCUGGCCAAAGCGACAGACUUUAACCGCUUGCCGUGGAAGCGCCUCCUUGAGUUUCUGUCAGACGAUAAACUUUGCAUUGACAAGGAGGAGGCAGUUUAUCAAAUUGCAUUGUGCUGGGUGAAGUCUGACCUCCAGAGGAGACUGCACUACUGGCCCGAGCUCCUCCAGCAGGUCCGACUCCCCUUUGUCAGAAGGUUCUUUCUGUUGGCCCAUGUGGAGAGCGACCCGCUCGUCUACCUGUCGCCCACCUGCCUUCGCAUGGUAAACGAGGCUCGUAGCUUCCAGUCCUGCGAGUACGACCGCCACGACAGACCCUGCCACCGAAUGCGGCCGCGGCCGUCUACAGGGCUGGCAGAAAUCCUGGUGGUGGUUGGGGGCUGCGACCAGGACUGUGAUGAGCUGGUCACAGUGGACUGUUACAACCCCCAGACCGGCCAGUGGCGCUACCUGGCCGAGUUUCCUGACCACCUCGGAGGAGGAUACAGCAUCGCUGCCCUCGGAAACGAUAUGUAUGUCACAGGUGGCUCCGAUGGCUCUCGUCUCUACGACGGCGUGUGGCGCUACAAGUCUAGCGUUAACGAGUGGACGGAGGCGUCGCCCAUGCUGAAGCCCCGCGAGUACCACAGCUCUUGUGUGAUGAAAGGUCAGCUCUACGUGGUGGCGUCGGACAGCACCGAGCGCUACGAUCAUGCUCUGGAUUGCUGGGAGGCCUUACCACCCAUGCUGCACGCCAUGGACAACUGCUCCACCACCACAUGCAGCGGACGCCUGUAUGCCAUUGGCUCGCUGACUGGGGAGGAGACCAUGACCAUCCAGAGCUAUGAUGCAGACGCCAACCGCUGGGCAGUGGUCAGCUGUGGACAGCUGCCACCGUGGUCCUUCACCCCGAAAACUGUAACCCUCAAAAGCCUCCUCUACUUUAUCAGGGAUGACUCAGCCGAGGUCGAUGUUUAUAAUCCUCAAAAGAAUGAGUGGGACAAAAUUAGUCCGAUGACCCAGGUGCACGUUGGAGGCAGCGUGGCAGCCCUGGGCGGUAAAUUAUACGUGUCCGGUGGUUAUGACAAUACGUUUGAGCUGUCGGACGUGGUGGAGGCGUUCGAUCCGACCACCCGCUCAUGGACUCUUGCUGGACGGCUACCUCAGCCCACCUUCUGGCACGGCAGCGUCAGCAUAUUCCGCCAGUUCAUGCCCCAAGUGUCCAGUGCAUUUGAACUCACUGAGAUACCCGAGUCAAACGCCAUCCACCUGCAUCGGCACCAUCGGCACCAAGCGCUGCACAAUCUCAACAACAACAUCAACCAAAACCAGAACCAGGAUGUGAACCCAGCACACUGAGUUGGGACCUAGAAACCCCCGUUACAUUUUCAAUUUUCAAUCAAUCAUUGCAGCAGUCUUUUGACUGUGAGAGAAAGGCCCGGUGUUUCUCAGAGACGGCCCCCGAAUGUAUACUAAAGUUAAGGGAAGCAACCACCUUCAAUUCCAAGUUAGUCAGUUCUUGGGGUCGGGUUAUGCUCAAUCAGAAUUAGUGUGUAUGAUGUGCUGUCUGACCACGUUGGAAAUUCAGUGUUUUUUGUUCUGAACAGCUAGACUGGAAGGCCGACUGAAAAGCCAUCAAAAGGGGGAUGGAUAUUCUUUAGGUGUGGGGAUAACGGUGACAAUCUUUUUUUGGAAGGCAUGCCUUGUGCUGCACUUGUUUGUUGACAUGAAAAGUGACAACAAUGGUUUAUAAAAAAUUAAAAAAAGAGAGAGUGCCUCGACACAGCUAAACAAUCAUGGCGUGGGAAUGUUGGAUAGUCGAUUUUGGGAAGUUACACAAGUGGGAGGUUGCAUACUGGGAGCUUCAUCCUGGAUGUCUUUUUGUCACUUUCAAUACUGCAUUCAUGCAUCUUUUGUGUAAAAAGUAUAUUUUCUUCUAGUGCAGUCUUCUUCGCUUCAUUUUGGUGCAUUGAUGGGUUUAUAACUUUUCCCUGACGACAGAGCAGAAAAAGAAAACGUGACUCCGAUUGGUAGCUGCAGUGGUUGUUUUCCAUUGGCCACAAGGGGCAGCAGCAAGUCCAUUCCACAAUUAGGAACUUGGAGAAGCUGUACACAGGUGAGAUUGUUUACUGUAUGUUUUGGUGUUACAAGAGAAAAGACUCCAAGGGUGAAGUCUAACUGGUGCAGAUAAAGAUUAGGCUACACUACUAUUAUAACUCCAGAGUCCAAUUUAUUGAAAUUCAAUCCAUAUUUGUUGGCGUUUAACCUUUCACAACCAUUUUCACUGGGGUCAAAAAGAGGUAUGCUAAAACAUGACGACAGAACGUCGAAGCGCCAUUCAGAAACUAAAAUAGAAGCUUGAAAUUAAAAAAAAAAGAAGGCAUUUGGUGCCGGACUACUAAACAGACUUAUGGUUUGAUGGGAUGGAUUGAAAUAUAUUGUGCGGAGUAAUCUUGUGUCAUAAGAUUUCAGAAGGGUUGCAUGUGAUGUUAACUUCUACCGGGGUUAAUAUUCUGCUGCUAGCAUUAAUUAGGCAUCUCCUUGUGUCACUCCCGGACUACAUCAGCAUUUUUAACCACCAGUCAAAGGUGCAUGAAGAAUUUUCUUUAAGAAUUGUAUUUACGGACAUUUUAAUGUUUUGUAUGUUUAUUUAAGGAUAUAUUUGUGCUGUGCUUGCUUAAGAUGUCCUCGCCUUUCAGUUGCAUUAAGAAAGUUUCGUAAAUGUGGGUGAUGGGUCACCAGUAACUGGAAGUGCAAAAGAAUCUCAGUUUGUUAUCAUGUAAUUUAGCUUUAGUGGUUUUAUGGUAUUGUUUAUGCAUCAUUUUUUAUCAUUGUCUUAGUUUUCAUACAAGUUUGUGAUGUUAAAACAAUUUUGUAACCUCACGUACUAUGUUUUAAAAUGUUUACAGUUUGGUUACCGUAAAUUAAACUGCAGACUGGAGUCACAUUUGAUGAUCUUAGCAGGUUCCUAAUGAACUUCUUAUAAACAAUGGACAGUAGUUGCAGCUGAGUGUGAAAUAUUUUUAUAAAUAGCAAGAGGAAGCUAAUGUGUACACAAUAAAUAA